CCGGGCAGCUAGCGCGCGCUUAUGCGAUUUUAUUUAGAACCGAUUCGAAAACAACAAUGACGCUAACGCCUCUCGUUUACUGGGCUCAGCGGCACGAGGACAUUUACCUGCGAGUGGAGCUUACGGAUGCUCAGAAUAUUGAUGUCCAGGUGCACGACAAAGUUCUGCAGUUCAGAGCUCAGGGUCAUGGUGCAAAAGGACAAAACGAGUACGAGUUCAGCCUGGAGUUUCUCCUUCCAGUUAAGCCUGAAGUGAGCCACAAGUCCACUCAGAGGCAGGUGAACGUCGUGGUGCGGAAAGAGAAGAGAGGCUGGUGGGAAAGGCUGGUCGUCCAGGAGCGCAAGCCCGUCUUCCUGGCGCCGGACUUUGAUCGCUGGCUGGAAGAGUCGGACGCCGAGAUGGAGAUCAGGGAGAAGGAAGAAAAAAGGAACAGGUUGAGGUCUGCAAGACACAACGAACCAGGGUUUGUUAGCCUUAAAACAGGCUAUUUGUUUGCAUAUAACCUGGUCCAGUUUCUUGGAUUUUCAUGGAUCUUUGUCAACAUGACUGUGCGCCUCUUUAUUUUUGGAAAAGAUUCUCUCUACGACACUUUUCACACCAUAUCGGAUGUGAUGUUCUUCUGCCAGACCCUGGCGGCAGUGGAAGUUCUAAACGCUGCUUUUGGAAUGGUGCGGACAGGCGUCGUUCCCACGUUCAUUCAGGUGGUUGGAAGGAAUUUCAUCCUCUUCAUCAUUUUCGGUACUUUGGAUGAAAUGCACAAUCAGCCAGUUGUGUUCUUUGUUUUCUAUCUAUGGAGCGCAAUUGAGAUUUUUAGGUACCCCUUCUACAUGCUGGGCUGCUUCGACACCGAGUGGAAAACUCUCACUUGGCUGCGAUACACCGUCUGGAUCCCGCUGUAUCCGUUAGGCGUUUUAGCUGAAGCAUUUGCAGUGAUACAAGCCAUUCCCAUCUUUGAUAAAAACCAACUUUUUAGCGUUCCGCUGCCUAAAGCCCUCGGCAGCUCUCUCAGCUUCUCUUACGUGCUUCAAGGAUAUCUUAUUCUUAUGUUUUUGGGGCUUUUUAUCAACUUCCGUCAUCUUUACAAGCAGAGGAAGAGGCGUUUCCGCACCAAAAAGAGGAAAGCCAAUUGAGCUCAACCACAUUCCUCAGACACCUCUGCUGCCUGCUCAUUUCUGAACUCUCAACGUCCUCACAUUCACAAACAACUGUCUGAUUAAAUGACAUGUACUUGAACAAAAAUGA